CAGAAAAAAUAUUCUCACCAAUUUGGCUACGUCAACAAAUCAGCCUGAAAUUCAAAUUGCAAAUGUUUUUCCCAAAAACAUAGUACUUCAUUUUAGGAUUGCCUAAACAGUUUUAAAUAUUACUUAUAUAUAUUUAACGAUAUAAGAAUAUAAAAAGUAGGAAAGGUGUCCUCAUAUUUUGUCUUCUAUGAAGUCUUCAAAUGACAUCACUCUGCAGGAAACACAGGAAUCAAAGGAAGAAAUUGAAGUUGAGGGUGAAAAUAUAACACCCGAAACUCAACUCAACACAGACGAAAUGGACAGUGAAAAUAAAAAGGAUAAAAGUUAUUCUCCCAAUAAGCAAGUAAAAUAUGGGUACAUAAAGUAUGUCAGUCUUUUUAUACUGACAAUACAAAAUGCAGCACUGGGCCUGAGUAUGAGAUAUGCACGUACAAGAGAUGUUGUCAUGUUUUCAUCAGCUGCUGCUGUGCUAAUGGCAGAAGUAUUGAAACUUGCAAUUUGUAUUUGUUUGGUAAUACAAGAAAAUGGGAGUGUUAGAAAAGGAGCACAAACAAUGUAUAAUACAGUGAUAUUGAAUAUAAAGGACACUUUACGUGUCUGUGUGCCAUCAUUUUUAUAUAUAGUACAAAACAAUUUAUUAUAUGUCUCUGCAUCAAAUUUGGAUGCAGCUACGUAUCAGGUAACAUAUCAAUUAAAGUUGUUGACAACUGCAUUCUUUGCUGUCUUAGUUUUAAAAAGAAGAUUAAAACGAUGGCAGUGGGGUGCAUUAGGUUUAUUAGUUAUUGGUGUUGCAUUAGUACAACUUUCAUCAACGGACAAAGAUUCUAAAGCAACUUCUUCAUCAAACUUACAAAAGCAAUCUAAAGUCCUUGGGUUUGGCGCUGCAUUGGCAGCAUGCUUUAUUUCUGGAUUUGCUGGAAUAUAUUUUGAAAAAGUGCUGAAAGAAUCUGAUAUAUCAGUGUGGAUGAGGAAUGUGCAAUUGAGUUUAUUAUCAUUGCCUUUUGGAACUAUAACAUACUUAGUAAAUAACAAUGGGUCUAUAAAAGAUUUACUCAAAGGGUUUGAUGGUUUUGUGUGGUAUCUAGUCGUUUUACAAGCAGCUGGGGGACUUAUUGUUGCUGUUGUUGUGAAAUAUGCUGACAAUAUCCUAAAAGGAUUUGCUACAUCUGUAGCUAUUAUAAUAUCAUGUGUUGCAUCAAUGUACAUAUUCGACUUCCACUUAACGAUUCAAUUUGCUUUAGGGACUAUGUUUGUUAUUGGUUCCAUAUUUUUGUAUGGUUAUGUUCCUAAGAAGAAAGAAACUCGAACUUCAUUGAGUGUAUGAAUUUUUUUUAGUAUUAUAUUAUUUGAUAAAAUUGCCAGUAUGUACUUAUACAAUUUAGAUAUAAGUUAAAACUUUGUUUAUAUACAUGUUGUAUUAAUAAGGCUACAAUAUUAUAUUUUAUACACUUUUUAUUGAAAC